GAUUACGCAUGCAGCGCUCGUAUCCAUGAAUGGCCAGCCGGGCUUCACAGUGGAGCUUCUCAAAGCUCUUGAGCGAGGAGACCUGAGCUUGGUGCAGACCGAGCUCGCGAAGGGUGCAGAUGUGCCUGGAGGAAACCAGGAUGGCUGCUCCCCGCUCAUGAGGGCUGCGCGGCAUGGGCAUUUGCCCAUUGUGGAGGCGUUGGUGUCCGCCUCUGCUGAUAUACAUGCAGAGGAUGUGGAUGGCGAAACAGCCCUUACCUGGGCUGCUUGGGGUUGUCAUUUGGACGUGGUGCGCUUCUUCGAGGAGCAUGGCGCAGACAUGGACCACGCGCGCAGAAGCGGCUGCACGGCUUUGAUGCACGUGGCUCACUGUGGCGACCUGCGCUUGGCCAAGCUGCUGCUGCCAAAGGCCCGUGUGAAUCGGCAAAACAAGCUGGGGCUUACUCCACUGAUGUGGGCAUCCCGCGGGGGCCAUUUGCCCAUGGUGGAGCUGUUGCAUUCUGCUCGAGCAGAUUUGGAUGCUGCGGAUGGAGAGAGUCGCACUGCUUUGGCUUGGGCAGCAAUGCGAGGGCAUGGCCAAGUUGUGAGCUUUUUGACAGAUCAGCAAGCCCUGCUGAAUCAUCAGGACCAGAAAGGUGAAACUGCGCUUGUGAAAGCUGCCAAACACCACCAAAGCUCUGUAGUGAGAUUGCUGCUGGACAAGCGUGCUGACCCGAGCAUCCAGCGAUCAGAUGGAAAAACGGCGUCCAGCGUGGCGCGCCUCCCGGAUGUGAAGCAACAGCUGCAGGCAGCAGAACGGAGGCUGGCACAGGUGGCACCUGUGGCAGUGCCUCAAGGUCUUCGCAAGGUACCUUCCAGUGUUCUCUGGAGUCGGGGGAAGAUGGAGAUAGAGAUCCUGGAAACGCUUCGCAAGGAAGAACCGCCAGAUGUCUUGCUCCCAGAGAAGUUCCGAGGCGAAGAAGAAUAUCUCUUGGUGGCAUCGUAGACAUUGCCCGCGCAA